AUGGACGACGAGAAGAACUUCCCCGAGACGGUGGUGCGGCCCGCCAGCCCCAUCGAUGAGAAGACCUCGAGGGCUUCGGUGGGAUCGCACGGCGAGACAUACCACCCGCAGCAUGCGGCGGCGCACACGGCGGACCUGGCACUGCUCGAGGGCGACCGGAUCAACCUGGAGGACGUGGACCCGAAGGAGUUGCGACGGGUGCGGUGGAAGAUUGACCUGGCAAUUAUGCCGCCGCUCAUGCUCUGCUAUUUCUUCCAGUAUCUCGACAAGACAGCGAUCGCGUACGCGAACCUGUUCGACUUCCAGACCGCGAACAACCUGAAGGGACAGGACUUUGCGUGGCUCGGCUCCAUCUUCUACAUCGGAUACCUCGUAUGGCAGCCUUUUGCGGCGUGGCUCCUCGUCCGCGUCAACAUCAAGCUGCACUUUGGCGUCGCGAUCUUGGUGUGGAGCACGUGCCUGGGCUGCAUGGCUGCAUGCCACAACUUUGCUGGUCUGGCAGCGUGCCGCUUCCUCCUUGGAUGCGCUGAGAGCGCCAUGCUCCCCAUCUGCGGCUCAGUCACGGGCAUGUGGUACACGCGCAACGAGCAGAGCGUGCGUGUCGGCAUUUGGUACAGCAUGGUCGGAUGGGGCACCAUCUUCGGCGGCCUGAUUAGCUACGGCAUGUACGCGAUGCCGGCGGGCGUGCUCGCCAAGUGGCAGUUCAUCUUCGUGCUCCUCGGCCCCCUCACGUUCGUCUACGGCAUCUACGUCAUCCUCGUCGUCCCCGCGUCGCCGGCUAGGGCAUGGUUCCUCACCCCCCGCGAGCGCCUCAUCGCCCUCGAGCGCAUCCGUGAGAACAAGACCGGCACGACCGGCACCGGUAUCCGCUGGUACCAGGUGCGCGAGGCCUUCUGCGACCCGCGCAUCUACCUCUGUGCCCUUAGCGUGUUUGCCGUGUCUGUCCCCAACGGUGGCGUGACGAGUUUCUCGGCCGUGCUCAUCCAGGGAUUCGGCUUCGACAAGCGCAUGACGUCGCUGGUGGGCAUGUCCGGUGGCGCGUCCGAGAUUGUUGGCAUGGCCCUUGCCACGAUGCUCGCGUACAAGAUGCAUUCGCGCUUCUGGCCGGGUAUCAUCGGCGUUCUCAUCGGCAUUGCGGGCGCGGGCGUCAUGCUCGGCCUCCCACCGCAGGAGAAGGUGGGCCGCAUGGUCGGCAUGGUGUUCGUGUACUGGUUCCCGAUCGGCAUGAUGCUGUUCAUCCCCUGGAUCCAGAGCAUGACCGCUGGAGCGACCAAGCGCGCAACCUUCUACUGUAUGUACCAGCUGUUCUACGCCGCUGGAAACCUUGCGGGAGGGCAGACAUUCCGGGCAAAGGAGGCCCCGAUUUACCAGUCGGCGCGCAUCGCCAUCCUCGUCGGACUGUGCGUGCACGCCGCCACGAUGGCGGCCAUCUAUGUCCUUCACCGCAUUUGGAACGCGAAAAGGGACAAGCUGCCUCCCGUCGUGGAGGAGGACAACAUCGAGUUCAAAGAGUGA